AUGGCCGCUGUACCACCAACAGACCGGCCGGCGGGCGACGAUACAUUGGCGCAACCUGAUGGAUACUCUUUCGAUCAAUGCAUCGCAGAAUUCUUCGCAAAGACCUCGGUUACCCGCCCAAACUGUGAUGCCCGAGCGAAAGAGCUUGUUGGCGGAGAUGUCGUACCAUUCGACAUCCAGAGUACCUGCAGCUACGCGGUCUACGCUGGGCCGAAACUCGAAUACAUUGUCCAAUUCCGGCUGAAACCAGUGAGGCUCAAGGUGGAGAACGCCGUGCUGGCAAAGGAGGUCUAUGGAUCCCUGGCACCAGACGUAUCGUUCUAUGAAGAGCUCGGGAGUGAGGUAGAUGGAAAAGAGACCAUAUUCCCGGUCGUGAUGACACGAGCACCGGGUAGGACUCAUCUGUUGGUACACGGGCCUCCUUGGAACACUCAGCAGCGCUUCGAUCAACGUGAGAACCUGUUGACAGAUAUGGCACGCUUCUUUGCUCUAUCAUGGCGCCAGCCUGCAACGAUUGAAGAAGGUCACCGAACCAGUCUGCGGCAGACUUACCUCAGAGAAUUGCGGAUUCUGCUCACAUCCCUGCCGGAACGGUUUCAUGUCCUUGUUCAACAUUGCAUCGACUCCAUGGAUGCAAUCUUCUCCCUGCCUAUGGUUUUCCUGAAUCCAGACUUGCGCAGCGGGAAUCUCAUGGUUGACGAGAUGUCGUGCCACCUUACUGGCGUUGCGACUGGGCUGAGGCUGGGCUUGCCCCCUUCGGCAUGA